AUGAAGUGCCAGAAUCAAACCUGGAGAUAUGACAUGAAAGCAAGCAGUACAGAACUGUUCUUGGAUAAAGAGAGACAGCGGCCUCCGGUGGAGCUCCCCUUUGAGGAGGAAGAGAGAAGAGCUUUGCUUCUGAAGAAAUGGUCCCUGUACAAGCAGCAAGAGCAUAAGAUGGAGAGAGAUGCCAUCAGGUCCAUGCUCGAGGCUCAGCAGAAAGUUCUGCUUGAACUGCAACUUGCAGCUCCAGAGCUUUAUGAGGAGGCCAUCAAGAGGGACCCUGGUCUUUUCCCUUUUGAGAGGGAAGGGCCAGAUUACACGCCGCCAGUCACCAACUAUCAGCCCCCUGAAGGCAGGUACCAUGACAUCACCAAGGUGUACACACAGGUGGAGUAUUCAAGAGAUAGAACUGCAGCCUGCUGUCUGCAGAACCCACUGCCCCGGACAGCCACAAUGACAGACCCUCAAGCUCGUGUCACACUUUGGUAUUCUGAAGCCAAGGGCGGGAAAACUCAGAUCCCGCAGGCGGCUGCACCUCUGGGCCAGGCAGCAUCGCUGGUCUGUUGGAAGUUCCUUGAAUCCACGGUCCUUGGGGGUCUAGGCUCUCCUCCCACUUCAGAAUCAACAACCACCUGGCACCCUCUUGCAGGGACCAAAGGACGGAAAACUCGGGACCUAGCACCAACACUGGCUGCUGGGAGUGACUUUGGCUGA